AUGACAGAAACCUCACAAAAUUCUGUUUCACAACCUCACAAUAACCUUGUAGGUUAUACUGAUAAGUACUUCUUAGGUUCAGGAGAUCAACCUGAUCAAAAUCUUGGAGCUCAUAAGCUUAAUGGAGACAAUUUUCUCACCUGGAAUCGAGGUAUUAGGUUAGCCUUAGGUGCUAAAAAUAAACUAACAUUUAUUGAUGGAAAAACUGCCAGACCUCCAUCAGAUUCAGAAGAGUUGCACAAAUGGUUGAUAAAUGAUUACAUCAUUCAAUCAUGGCUACUGAAUUCAAUGGAUAAAAUGAUAGUUGAAGGAUAUGAUUCUAUUGUGCAAUAUUAUUCAAAAUUGAAAAGAGUUUGGGAUGAAAUACAAUUGUUAGAUGGAUUUCCUUAUUGUGAUUGUGGUGCAUUAGAUAAGUGCUCUUGUGGUAUUCUUAAGAAGGUUCUUAAUGCUAAUCAGAAACAGAAGUUAAUUCAACUUCUUGUUGGAUUAGACAGAGGUUAUGAUAAUGUGACUACUAAUAUCCUAAGUAUGGAUCCUUUGUCAAAUGUCAAUCGUGCAUAUUAUAUGUUAUUGCAAGUUGAAAGGCAGAUUGAAUUGAACAUUCAGCAAGAUACCUCACUUCAGACUAGUGCUUUUGUUUCUAUGAAGCAACAAUUAUUUCAAGGAACCACUCCACAAAUUCAUCCUUCUCACACUAACAAAAGAUAUGGAAAGCGAUUUAAAUAUGAUAAAAGUCUCAGAAAAUGUGACUAUUGUAAGAAAACUGGCCACACUAUGGGCCAGUGUUUCAAAUUGACUGGAGUGUAUCCUAAUGUUGAUUCUGCUUUGGUACAAGCUGUGUAUAAAGAAAUGAUGAAAAUGGUCAAAGGUCAAGCUCCAGGAUCUCUUCCUUUAGAUCUUAAUUCAUCUGUGAAUUUUGCAGGUAUCAUCACAACUUCCAAUGUUAAUUCAGUAUCUACUUUUGCUGAUAAAUUAGCUUGGAUAAUUGAUACUGCUGGCACUGCAGAUCAUAUGAUCUGGGAUAAAGCUGUAUAUGCUUCAUACAUUACUCUACCCACUCCUAUUAAAGUUGGUUUACCUCAUGGUACAACCAAACUUGUUACCGUAUUUGGCAUUGUUAAUCUUACAAACAAAAUAAUUCUUCAACAUGUUCUUUUGAUCCCAGAUUUUAAUCACAAUCUUCUCUCUGUCAGUAAACUUUUGUCUCAAAAUAAUCUAGUUGCUAUAUUCACUUCUUCUUCCUAUCAAUUUCAGGACCUUACAACUAAAGAAAUCCAGGCUAUUGGCUCUCAACAGGCUGGCUUAUACAAGUUCAAUUUUGCAUCUUCUUUUUCUUCUGCUGACACUUCAUCUUCUUUGUUACAUAUUAGCAAUCAUGUUAGCAUUACUAUUCCUACACUUAGUGUUUUACAUGCUAGGUUAUGA